AUGGCAUACAUAGACGAUAUCAUUGUUUAUUCGGAAACAUUCGAUGAUCACAUUAAGCAUCUAGAUCAAGUUUAUUCAGCAUUGUCCACAGCAAAUUUUCGGCUGAAGAUUGAUAAGUGUGACAUAUGCAAAAACGGAAUUAAAUUCUUGGGGCAUCAAAUCACCGACGAUGGAAUCCUUCCAUUGGAAGAAAAAGUCUCCGCAAUCAGAAACAUACCAACACGAAAAACUGCUAAGGCUACCGUAUCGUUCGUUAAAGCAGCAGAAUACUACAGAAACCAUAUCACGGGUUUUUCUAAAUUGGCUGCGUCACUACAUAAAUUUGCAAAAUAUGGUAGAAAUCAUAAGUUUAAAUGGGGAGCAAAAGAAGAAGAGGAUUUUCAAAAAAGCAAAGAUGCUUUAACAAGCUGUCAAGUACUACAUUGUCCUCAACCACAUUUGUCGUUCAGAAUCCAGACAGAUGCAUCGAAUAUCGGUAUCGGUGGUGUGCUUAUGCAAGUUCAUCCAGACGGGAAUGGAACUAUUGCCUACAUGUCAAAAACAUUGAAGCUGUCAGAAAGAAAAUGGACCACAACCGAACGUGAAUGUUUAGCAAUAGCUGAAGCCAUCAAAUUGUGGAAUCCAUAUAUUGCUGGCACCGAGUUUGAAGUAUACACUGACCACCAUUCAUUGUAUUGGCUUACAAAACAAUCACAAAAUAAUCCACGACUUGACCGAUGGCGAUUGGCAUUAUAG